AUGGCGCUCCCCUCCGUCUGCACGCGCACCCUCGGUAGCUCUCGCGCUGAUACCCUCUCUGUGCUGCCGCACGCGCUCACGACGCCUUCUCCGCGACGGCACACUGACCUCGCCUUUCUGCCUCUCCUCUCUUCCCUCUCGCGAGCUCUGCUCUACGCGCCUCGACUCGGCAGACACGCGACGCCGCGCGCACCGACGCUGGCCCUUCCUAACUCCGCGUCCGCAGCCCGGACCGCAGUCCGACGCCACAUAGCGUCUGACGCGCGCACGCGCCGCGCGGCGCGCCUCGCAGGCCAGCGCGCCGACGGCCGCGCAUUCGAGGCACGCGACGAUCGCCUCGCGACCGCCUCCGGACCUCGUCAACAGCUGACCUCGCCAAGCGCGCGCGGCUGGCGCUCGCCUACCGCGCGCGCUGCCGACUCCGCGGUCCGCGCCCGUCUCGACCGCGGCUCGACUACUCCUAUGCUCUCUCGCGUCUCCCGUCUUACUCGCGCCUGUCGAGCCCCGCCACUCGCGGCCGCAAGUCGCGCGGCGCUCUCGCUCGCGCAUACCGCGCUCAGUCUGUGCGUCGGCGCUUCUGCUGUGCUCUCUCUCGGCGCGCGCGCGCCGGCGCGUACGCCGCGCGCGGGCCCCUGCCGACGCGCGGCCCGUCAGCAGACACACUACGCGGCGUCCGCCGCCAGCGCGCCUCUGCGCGCUAGCGCGCGCGUCAGCGCCUCUGCGUGCACGCCGCUCGCUGAGCACGCCAUUCGACGAGAGCUGCCCUCCGCGCUGCCUCCGCGCCGCUCGCCGCCGCGCUCCUCCCGCGCCUCGGUCCGGCUCGGCGUCGCAGCGCGCUCGCUCGCAGCGCGCGCGCGCGUCGCGCUCGCGCGCUCUGUACGCUCGCAGCGCCAGAGAGCCGCGCGCGCUCGCCUCGCGCCUCGAUGGCACCUCGCUCCCGCUCUCGCUCUCCCUCCGCUGCCUCUCAUUCCGCCUUUCCUCUCAUGCCGCGCGUCCUCAUCAUCUCGCUCUCGCUGCGUCCUCUUCGCGUGCGGCCCUCUCUCUUCUCUUCUCUCUCGAGCGCGCUCUGCGCUGCGCGCGCCGCCCCAGCGCUGUCCGCGGCGCCGCCAGCGCGUCGCCGCCGUCGCGCCUCACCCGCCGACGCGUCGCGCCCUCUCGCGCUCUCCUCCCUCGCUCUUCCGCGCAUCGGCCCCUCUCGCCUCUCCACUCUCUGCCGGCUCUCGCUCUCCUCGCGCUCCCCCGCCGAGCCGCGCACUCGCGCCCUUCCUCUGCGUUCUCUCUCUCGCCUCGCGUCCCGCUGCCCUGCCUACGCGCCAAUCGCGGCCUCAGCCUCUCGCCGCUCACUGCCUCCGUUCGCGCGUCCCCUCUGGACCGCGCGACGAGCGCGCGCCUCUCGGCCCGAGCGUCACUCGGCUUCCUGCUCCUUCCCCUACGCUGCGGCGCCCGUCUCAUGCCGGCGCGCGCGCGCCUCUUGGCGACUCUCGCUCUCCUGCCUCUCCAUGA